UAUAAACUAUACCGGUAAACGACAAACAAGUAAUUUCAACAAGUAUUGUGUAUUAAGUUAGAUAAGUUGCCACUCUUGACUGAUCACAUUGUAUUAUUAAUCAUUGUACGAGUCUCAAGGCGGAAGAGAAAAUCAGAAAUAUAUUUCGGGGAUGUUUUCAUUGUAGUCGAGCAUUGUCGCUGUGUAAGCAUGUGUAAGGGUUAUGUACGGCGUUGUAAAAAGAAUAUAAACAAAUAAUUAGAGAACGUUUUGUAUUAUUAUGAGUGCUGCCAUUUAUUGUAAAGUUGUAACAUAUGUGACUGGAAAUGGGAUCUGGAGCUUCGAAACCUGUUGAAGAAUCUCUGGAUGGAGAGGUUAGUGGUAAAAGAGCAACACCUGCUAAACAUUGGACAUAUCCGAAACAAAAGCAAUGGAAACAAACGGUUAUCCAACAGUCUAAAAGCAAUGCAUUGCUUGUAGCAGCAGUAGACUUUGGAACAACAUACAGUGGCUAUGCUUAUUCUUUUAACACGAAGCCAGACAAUAUCUUAGCAACAUACUGGAAUAGAGUAUCAAUUAAGGUAAACAAAUCAAAUAUAGAACGAACACAUUCUGUUAACGGGAUAUGAUUUUAUCUAUUGUUG